CACUUUCAGCUUCAGCAGUUGAGUUUGCUCCAAUGUCUUGUUCUUCUCUGACUCUGUUUCUUCACCCUCCUCGCCUGAGCCACCUCAAACCCCACCUCUACUCUCUCACCUCUUCCACCCUCACCUACAAAUCCCACAUUUGCUUCUGCUCCACCUCCGAAGACGCCCGCUGGCUCCGCGAAGAGCAGCGCUGGCUGCGCGAGGAGCAGCGCUGGCUCCGCGAAGAGCAGCGGUGGGCGCGUGACCGCGACUCUCUCCUCCGCGAAAUCGCCGACCUCAAGCUCAAACUCCAGGCUCUCCAGGCCGGCGCUUCCUCCGAGAACAUCGCCAACAUCGCCGGGCUUCUGCAGUCCUUGAAGGAGAAGAACCAGAUUGCCGAGAGGGGGUCUACUUCGAGACCCCUGGAGUUGGAGGACGAUCAGGUCAAGGAGGUCUUCACUGUUUCCGAGGUGAAGAAGAAGACUACACACGAGUCUCUGAGGAAGGGAUCCGAAGGAGAACGUGUUCGAGAAAUGCAGGAAGCAUUGCUGAAAUGGGGGUUUUACUCGGGUGAAGAAGACAUGGAAUUUUCCAAUUUCUCAAGCGGGACAGAACGGGCUAUCAAGACUUGGCAAGCCUCAAUAGGUCUCCCCGAAGAUGGAAUAAUGACUGAAGAGCUUCUUGAAAGAUUAUAUAAUGACCCACAAGCCGAGAGUGCUGUUGUUACAAAGGAAGAUGCAAAUGGAGCUGCAGGUACGUCUGUAACAGAAAUCUCAGAGGUGAAGCAAAUAGUAUUGAAAGAAGAUGCUGCAGAGCUAGAUGAAUCUUACCAUCGAGUUUUUCUUCUAGGAGAAAACCGCUGGGAAGAACCGUCAAGACUAAACAGGAAUAAGGGGAAUGAAGCCAACACAACAAAGUGCCUUACUUGCCGUGGGGAGGGUCGCUUACUGUGCUCAGAAUGUGAUGGAACUGGUGAACCUAACAUUGAGGAACAGCAGUUCUUGGAAUGGAUAGAUGAAGGAGCAAAGUGUCCAUACUGUGAAGGUCUUGGCUUUACAGUCUGCGAUGUAUGUGGAGGGAAAUAGUAGACUAUAUGAUAUAGGCUUCCAUACAUGUACAGUUUUAUGCUAUAGUGCAUGUAACUGGUUGGUCCUGUAAUGAUAAUAGUGCAUAAAUGUACUGCAGUUGUUGCAAAUGCAAU